AUGAUUCCUCACAAAAGCUCAUAUUUAUCUCGACCCGGGCCAUCAACUGGCAGCAGGAGACAGCCCGAUGGAAGUGCCGCCGUUACGAAGCUCAAGGACGCAGUCGCUCACUUCCAGGCGAUGCUGACAGAUGAUGAUCGGAUGCGUCUACAGGGUCUGAAAAAGCUGCCGCACGACGCUCAGUCAAUCAUUGCGUUCACUGCUGAGCUAGAUAGGCAACGAGAUGGGAAUCGACGAGGCAAAAGCAUAGCUUCGCGGCUUACAUCGUUUCUGCAGAUCGUCCAGCAAUUCACGCCCAUCAUCGAUACAUACAUUCAAUCGAAUCCUGAUAUCAGUGCCCUUAUCUGGGGUUCGAUCAAGCUAACAUUCAUGUCAGAUCUUCAGGUUCUCGCAAAUUUCCUAUCCCAAUUCCAAUCCUUUGUUGAACUGUUGCAAGGCUUCGGCUCUCUGUAUUCCAGACUAGGUCACUAUCAGAUUCUGUUUCAAGACUCAACCCAUCUCAAUGAUUCAGUUUGUGAGUUUCACACUUCCGUGAUACUCUGCUGUGAGAAGGUUGUUCGCCUUAUCCGCCAAUCCACAUUGGCCAAUCAAGUAUGGAGAGCUGUGACAUCCUCUUUCCAGACUGAAAUACGAAGCUCCGUUGAGAAAGUCAAAGAGAAAGCCGAGAAUGCGCAAAGUGAGAUCGAGUUGGCUAAAGCACAAGCUGAUCAUCAUGAACAACAACAGCAGACUAAAGAGCGGCGAGAGGCUUCGGAAUACAGGGGGAAACUCUCCAUGUGGGCUACCAAAUACAGUGCUGCCAUGAAAGAUAUCCAACAUCUCAAGAAUAAGCACGCAAAAGACAAGAAGCGAAGCAAGCUUGUCCAUGAGUUGACGUCUUACAACUCUCUGACUACGUUCAACAGUAUGCGUAACAAACGACACAUGGGUACUGCCGAGUGGUGUUUUUCCACUACAGAAUACCAAGAAUGGGUCAAUGCCAACAGAACAGCCGUGCUUCAUAUCACUGGGAAGAUUGGAUCUGGAAAGACAAUCUUAGCAUCCUCAAUUAUUGAACAACUGUGCUCUUCUCCGAAACCUCGUCAAUUUACCUCCUUGUUUUUCCUUCGUUUCGACGAAGGGAAGAGUCUCUCUGUAUCAACAGUCAUUCGUUCUUGUCUUCAGCAGCUUCUGGCAUCCCCUUUGAUUGAAGGAUUAGACACAACAGCCAUAUCUGAGUUGGAUGACAGUCUCAACCAAGCUGCGUCAUCGCUGUUCUCGGAUGACUCCUUGCGAUUACCAUUUAUCACUGCGGCAAAGAAUCUGGACGAUUGGUUUAUCAUCAUUGACGGCCUGGACGAGAUCGAUGGCGCAAGAUAUGUCCAAAUACUAGAAUUCCUUCGCGAAGUCUUUGACCAGCUUCCAGAGUCCCACCGAAUCAAGCUUCUGUUGUCUUCUCGGGAAACAUGCUCAAAUCAUAUCGACCGAAUUCUACCUCAGACCACACGCCUUCGUACAGGGUUGGGGCCAACAAGUUCAGAUAUUAAGUUAUAUGCCGAGGACCUCAUCAGGAGCAAGAUAGCAACAAAUGAUCUCAUAGUCAGUGACGCCGACCUAGUCGAGGAGAUCAUCACGGUUAUACACCGAAAGGAAGGGGGAAUCCCCUCUUACAUUAGGUUCCUUUGGGCAUUUCUUACGAUUGAAGACAUUUGCUCUCGAAAGUCUGAUAAAGAUAUCAGACAGGCACUGGAAGACAUCCCAGCUGAUCUUCCCACCGCAUUUGACCGCACCCUGGGCCGCAUAGCAGCAAUGAAAAACAAUACACCAAUUGUUCAGAAAGUAUUUACUCUGGUCCAGGCAUCGUUCGAGCCGCUAACCCUGGAUCAACUUCGCGAGGCUCUUUCGGUCGACAUAGAACAACAUACUUUGGACAAUGACGAUCUUAUAAGUGGAAUAGAUCGCUUACCCACGUGGUGCCAGAAUCUCGUCUGCGUGGAAGACUCAGGUACUGUCCACUUCAGCCACCAUUCCAUUCAGCAGUAUCUUCUAAGCCCAGACUCGGGCGACUUCAAGGACUUCCAUCUGAACGCGGACAAGUGUGACAGCUUCAUGGGUGAGCUGUGUGUCACAUAUAUCAGCCUUGAUAACUUCCAAGGGGCAGUGGUGCCCGUGAAGAGCUCUACGGACUCUUUACAUAUGGAUAUCGAUAUUGGCGGUGUCGCUGAGCAGACAAUGCGAACUGCAGUUGGAGGUAGUCUUGGUUCUUUUGUUGGACGACUCACACGUGAGGUUGUUCUGUCUUCACAGUCACACAAAUAUUCAUCGGGCAGGGUCCAAUGGAACGACUCUACGGUCUCGUCUGAUCCUAGGCGUAAUUUUGGUCCUGCUCAGAGCACCGAAGGUUAUUCAUUCUUCCAAUAUGCUUCCAAUCACUGGUAUCGACAUGGUCUUUCAAUCAAUUCGGAUGAUAAUGAGGCUACAUGGAGACUAUUAGGCCAAAUUCUUCAAAAGCCACAUCAAUACUCCCAGGGCGAGCCUUGGUUCCAACCGGCCUGGAUAGACCGUGUCAGUAAGACCAUUGGCAACAAUGUCCACUUCUUUCACCUCGGAUUCUCCUCAUAUCGGAUAAACCCUGUGCCACUGGAUGUAGCUGAGUAUGGCAAACUCAUGGACGCCGCUACGCUUAGAGACCUUUGGCACGUUUUUACUUAUGCUAUCCAGUUUGGCAACGGCGGUCUAGCUUGCCGUGUGCUGAUGAUGAUUGUAGAGGACUUCCAUAGGUCACUAGAGUCUCGCUGUGGAUACCUUGAGCGUAUCCUAAACGCAAUGCGUCAGCUGGGUGAUACUCUUGACCUCCUAGCCGCGGCGCAGGAAGUUGGCACUGAGGGCGUAGAGGCUGUUGAACAGUCUCUGACGCAAUGUUUAGAGACUGGAGGCUCUGCUCCACUACAUGAAAAAACCAUUGAAUUUUUGUUUGAUCAUAUCUUAGUCCCGUAUUACUGGCCGAAAUCAAUGUGCGACGGCAUGGUCAAGGUGUUUUUCGGACAGCCACUGAAACCGGGCCUGCUGGACGCAAAUGAGCGGGUGCUUUCUCACGCUAUUCGAAAGAACAACUGGGAUCUUGCAACAUCCCUGAUAGAUAUCCAGCCUGUGUCUCAAGAUGAAAAGGAAUUAGUCGGGGACAUUACAUAUAUCAAUGUCGGCGACAACGGAAAGCGGGCCUCCAAACAGCUUGCCAACUAG